CUGAAAAAUCCUGAUCCCCGACCGGUGAGACGCCAUUGCGCACGCGUCGCUGAGUCCACCUCGUCGCCGCUGCUACCGCCCCAACCUCCCUCCCGACCUCCGCCUCCCGCUCGGCCGUCGUCUCGCCCCUCCUCCUCGGCGGCGCCCGUCUCAGCAGCGGUGCUACAUCUCUCGUGGCAUAUCGCCCCGCCGGCGGCCGCAGCAGCUGAGCGGAGAGGAUGCCGAAGCGGACGACGCACACGUACUCCAGCGAGGACGCCCUGCCGGAGGGGCCCGAGUCCGACCUCUUCGUCUACUACUGCAAGCACUGCGCCUCCCAUGUCCUCAUCACCGAUACCCAAUUGCAGAAAAUGCCGAAGAGGAAGACUGACAGAGCAUAUGUAUUAGACAAGAAAAAGCAUCUAUCAAGGCUAAAUGUGAAGGAGGCAGGAAAGGUGCUGUUGAAACGGGGAGAAGGAAAACUUGAAAAACAGUUCCGCAUGAGUUGUUUGGGAUGUGGCCUUUUUGUUUGUUAUCGGUCAGAAGAGGAGUUGGAGGCAGCUCCUUUCAUAUAUGUUGUUGAUGGAGCACUGAGCUCAGUAGCGGCUGAGACAAAUCCACAUGAUGCACCUGUACCACCUUGUAUCACACAAUUGGAAGGUGGCCUUGUCCAAGUUGCCAUUGAAGUUGAAGACCGGGCACAACGUUCAGCAAUAACAAGGGUGAAUGCUGACGAUGUUCGAGUAACAGUUGCUGCCCCUGCGGCUCGAGGGGAAGCAAACAAUGAACUACUAGAGUUCAUGGGCAAGGUUCUUGGCUUAAGACUGAGUCAGAUGACCCUUCAAAGAGGAUGGAAUAAUAAGUCGAAGCUUCUGAUUGUUGAAGAUUUGUCUGCACGGCAAGUGUAUGAGAAGCUCCUAGAAGCUGUCCAGCCUUAGUAGGACCUUAAAUUUGUGGCAUCUCCUACUCCUAGGCUAUUCAUCGUAAUACAUUCUUAUUUGAAGGAAAGAACAUAGAAUCUCCUUCUUGAUUAGUUGAAUACCUGAAUACAACUCGUAUGAGAUGCCCCAAGGAGCAGAACCAGAAAAGGAGUUGAGUUGUUUCGGUUGUAAUUUGUAAACGUGAGUGAGCAUAGCCUAGAUAAGAUAACCGUUCCGGUAACGCUGUCUGUGUACCCUUUUUACGUGUGAUACAAGCUGUACAUCUUUAUAACAAUCUUCCAACGUUUUUGUAUCAAUUCGGAGUCCAACAUUAUGUCUCCUCUAGAAUAUAACAUUAUGACUCGCUUUUAAGUCUC